GCCCAGGCGAAGCCCCCGGUAGAUCCUCCGUCCUGUCCCGGCCCCGCCGCCCUCCCGGACCGCCGCGAUGUCGCUGCCGCUGUCGGACUACGAGAAGAGGAAGCAGAUCAGCGUGCGGGGCUUAGCCGGCGUGGAGAACGUGACCGACCUGAAGAAGAGCUUCAACCGGCACCUCCACUUCACGCUGGUCAAGGACCGCAACGUGUCCACGCCGCGCGACUACUACUUCGCCCUCGCCCACACCGUCCGCGACCACCUGGUCGGCCGCUGGAUCCGCACCCAGCAGCACUACUACGAGAAGGACCCCAAGCGCAUUUAUUAUCUUUCCUUGGAGUUUUACAUGGGACGGACACUGCAAAACACCAUGGUGAACCUGGGCUUGCAAAACGCCUGCGACGAAGCCAUUUACCAGCUGGGCUUGGAUAUGGAGGAGCUGCAGGAGAUUGAAGAGGACGCCGGCUUGGGCAACGGAGGAUUGGGGCGACUGGCAGCUUGCUUCCUGGACUCCAUGGCGACUCUCGGCUUGGCUGCUUACGGCUACGGGAUCCGCUACGAAUUCGGCAUUUUCAACCAGAAGAUCGUGGGAGGCUGGCAGGUGGAGGAAGCCGACGAUUGGCUCCGUUACGGGAAUCCCUGGGAGAAGGCCCGCCCGGAGUAUAUGAUCCCCGUCCACUUCUACGGACGCGUGCAACACGGAGAUGGAGAAACGAAGUGGGUUGACACACAGGUGGUGCUCGCCUUGCCCUACGACACACCCGUGCCUGGGUAUCGCAACAACACAGUCAACACCAUGCGGUUGUGGUCUGCCAGGGCUCCCAACGAGUUCAACCUGAAGGACUUCAAUGUGGGUGGCUAUAUUCAGGCCGUGCUGGACCGGAAUUUGGCAGAAAACAUUUCCCGUGUUCUGUAUCCCAAUGAUAACUUCUUCGAAGGGAAGGAGCUGCGCCUGAAGCAGGAGUAUUUCGUGGUGGCCGCCACGCUGCAAGAUAUCAUCCGCCGGUUCAAGUCCUCCAAGUUCGGCAGCCGCGAUCCUGUCCGCACCUCUUUUGAUGCCUUUCCAGACAAGGUCGCCAUUCAACUCAACGACACGCAUCCUUCGUUGGCCAUCCCAGAGCUGAUGAGGAUUUUGGUGGAUAUUGAGAAGCUGGAGUGGGAUAAGGCCUGGGACGUCACUGUGCGCACCUGUGCAUACACCAACCACACCGUGCUGCCUGAGGCACUGGAGCGCUGGCCCGUCCACCUCUUUGAGACCCUCCUGCCCCGUCACUUGGAGAUCAUCUACGAAAUCAACCAACGUUUCCUCGACAAAGUCUACGCCACCUUCCCGGGAGACCUCGACCGGCUGCGCCGCAUGUCCCUGGUGGAAGAAGGAAGCGUCAAACGGAUCAACAUGGCGCAUCUCUGCAUCGUGGGCUCCCAUGCGGUCAACGGAGUUGCCUGGAUCCACUCUGAGAUCCUGAAGGCCACUGUAUUUAAAGAUUUCUACGAAUUCGAACCGCACAAGUUUCAGAACAAAACCAAUGGCAUCACGCCCCGUCGGUGGCUGGUUUUAUGCAACCCUGGGCUGGCUGAGGUCAUAGCUGAGCGCAUUGGAGAAGACUAUAUCGCUGAUCUGGAUCAGCUGAGGAAACUUCUCAAUUUUGUGGAUGACGAAAGUUUUAUCCGGGAUGUGGCCAAAGUCAAACAGGAGAACAAGUUGAAGUUUUCCGCCUACCUGGAGAAGGAAUACAAGGUCAAGAUCAACCCCAACUCCCUUUUCGACGUGCAGGUGAAGCGGAUCCACGAGUACAAGAGGCAGCUGCUCAAUUGCCUGCAUGUCAUCACCCUCUACAACCGAAUCAAGAGAGAACCUAACAAGCACUUUGUGCCACGGACGGUCAUGAUUGGAGGCAAGGCGGCUCCUGGCUACCACAUGGCCAAAAUGAUCAUCAAGCUUGUUACCGCCAUCGGAGACAUCGUCAACCACGAUCCCAUCAUUGGUGACCGGCUGAAGGUGAUCUUCUUGGAAAACUACCGAGUCUCCCUGGCUGAAAAGGUGAUCCCUGCAGCUGAUCUUUCGGAGCAGAUCUCAACAGCCGGCACCGAAGCUUCGGGAACCGGGAACAUGAAAUUUAUGCUGAAUGGGGCUCUGACCAUUGGUACCAUGGAUGGCGCCAACGUGGAGAUGGCAGAGGAAGCCGGAGAGCAAAACCUGUUCAUUUUUGGCAUGCGCGUGGAGGAUGUGGAGGAGUUGGACAAGAAAGGCUACUGCGCCAAGGAUUAUUAUGACCACAUCCCUGAACUGAAGCAAGCCAUAGACCAGCUGAGCAGCGGCUUCUUCUCACCCAAGCAGCCGGAUCUCUUUAAGGACAUCGUUAACAUGCUCAUGUACCACGACCGGUUUAAAGUUUUUGCCGACUACGAAGCUUACAUUAAAUGUCAAGAAAAGGUCAGCGCCCUUUAUAAGAACACCAAGGAGUGGACGAAGAUGGUGAUCCGGAACAUUGGGACUUCCGGAAAGUUCUCGAGCGACCGCACCAUCGCCCAGUACGCCCGUGAGAUCUGGGGGGUCGAGCCCACCCGCCAAAAGAUCCCUGCCCCCGAUGAGCCUCGGGAAUGAGCACCCGCCACCCUCUGUCCUCCUGCCCUGUUACCCCCAGAAACUGGGGGGGGGCUCGGAUGCAACACAGUUCUCCAUCUCGGCCAAGCCCCCAACGUGUCACCGAGGGGGGGAUGUGUUAGGAAGAACCCCUCACCUUCCUAGCCCCCCUCCCCUCGGUAUGUUUUUUUUUUUAAAUCCCCCCCCCCCCCCUUUCCUUUGUAUUUCUCCUGUGCUUCCUUCCCUUCCUAGCGUGAGAAAAAGCUUCUUUUUCAGCUUUUGAAGGCGGAGGGUCUUCAAAAGAGAAAAGCCCAGCAGGGGAAGGAGAGUUGGGUGUUCAGCUCAGCAAAAAAAACAACAACAACACAAUCCUUCCGGUCAUUGUGAAAUGAGGAAAGGGGUUUGCAAACCGGAAGAUAGAAGCAAAAAGGGAAAUUACAAAUAAAGCUUUUAAAACAUU